UAUCGGCUCUUUUUCAUAGCCGCAUAUUGAAAUGAUAACGCGUUAUCGCUAAUACGAUAUCUGUCAGUUAGACUGGCCGCUUGGCCCUAUUUCGACGAUUAAAUCAAAAUUGUGUUUUCAUGGCUAAUACGGAUUCUAACGAGAACUCCAUUUUAGAGGAGACCCUCGACGAGUACGUCGAGUCGACGCACUUAAGCAAGAGUGAAAUUGCGCCAAUGCAUGCAUGUAUACGUCAAUAUCCAUUUCGUGGCGCGAUAUAUCGCGUAUUCUCAUCGAGACAGGACGGACAUUUGAACUUCGAGGACACCCUCGACCCCUGCUCGGCAUUCUCCGCGAAUUGUCCAUGGGGCGUUCGGGCUAUAUGGGCUUUUGAAAUUUUCGACUUUGACGGCGACAAUCAAGUCUCUCUCGACGAUCUGAUCGAAACGGUGCGGAGGCUGUGGCGGGUACGAAACGAACAAGCACGGACAAGCCCGAAUCGAUCGGCAACACGCAGAGGACGUAGCGCGAAUGGUCAGUGUGCAUUCCUGCUGUGCGUCCUCGACGCAACUACAAAGGACGGAAUCGGGAAACGAUUAAUCCUUUUGCCGAAAGCCGAGAGGCCGCUUUCUAUUGCAACAAAUUUCCAGUGGCCGUUGCUGGUUCCGCGGCAGAAAGUAGGUGAAUUGAAAGGAACUGCCUUCCGCGAAGAGAAAUUAAUUCUGUAAAAUUGC